AUGCACCAGCGUAGUUGUCAUGUUAUACAUGGGCUUAACAACGAGCUAUGUGCAGAUCUUGAAGAGCAGAAUGCGGAUGACAACACAGAAGGAGUUCUUGCGGAUGAUGAAGUUGCUACAAAUUUAACUACGACUGAAAAUGAAACAAGUCCAGUUCUUAAGAAAGGUAUAAAGCUGCCGAAAAGAGAUUCAGAAUGGUCAACGGCUAACGAACAUUCUAAAUCUGCUCUACCUUUAAAUGGACCAAUCAAAUCACAAGACUUGAAUACAA